AUGUCAGAUAAGGUAUAUAUUGUUGCAGCAGCAAGAACGCCAAUUGGGUCAUUUCAAGGGGCUUUAGCAUCUCAAAGUGCGGUGGAUCUAGGAAGCCAUGCGGUUAAGGCAGCAUUAGGACAAGUUCCGGAGCUUAAUGCUUCGCAUGUCGAGGAGAUAUUCUUUGGUAAUGUGUUGUCUGCGAAUGUUGGACAAGCGCCGGCUCGCCAGGUUGCGUUGGCAUCCGGGUUGCCCAAGAGUGUUGUCGCGACGACUAUCAACAAGGUUUGUGCUUCCGGGAUGAAGGCGAUUAUUUUGGGUGCGCAGACAAUUAAGUGCGGCAACGCUGAUAUCGUUGUUGCCGGUGGAACGGAGUCGAUGAGCAAUGCUCCUUAUUAUGUUCCUAGCGCACGUUCGGGUGCUAGGUUUGGAGCUACGUCCAUGGUUGAUGGUCUUCAGAGGGAUGGGUUGAAUGAUGCGUACGACCACGAGGCUAUGGGUGUGCAUGCGGAGAAGUGUGCAUCCGACUACUCGAUUAGUAGGGAGGAGCAAGACAAGUUUGCGGUUGAGUCAUACCAGAAGGCACAGAAGGCUUUUGCGGAGGGCAAAUUUGAGAGGGAAAUUGUCCCAAUUACGAUCAAAGGUAGCAGAGGGAAGCCCGACGUUGUUGUGUCGCAAGAUGAAGAGGCGGGUAGAUUGAAUGUAGAGAAAUUAAGGGCUGCAAGGCCUGUGUUUAAGAAGGAGAAUGGCACAGUGACCGCUCCUAAUGGAUCUCCAAUCAACGAUGGUGCUGCUGCUAUAAUUUUAGCCUCUGAGAGUAAAGUGAAGGAAUUGAACUUAAAGCCCUUGGCUCUUAUUAGUGGGUGGGGUGAGGCUGCUCAUGAACCUUGCGACUUUACCUGGGCUCCAACUUUGGCUGUUCCCAAGGCUUUGAAGCAUGCAGGUGUCUCGGACAUAAACGAGGUAGACUUCUUUGAAUUUAAUGAGGCUUUCGCUGUGGUUGGUUUGGUCAACUCCAAAAUAUUAGGCGUGGACUUUUCUAAAGUUAAUGUCUACGGUGGUGCGGUUGCCUUGGGUCAUCCCUUAGGCUGCUCUGGCGCUAGAAUUGUGGUUACGUUGAUGUCUGUGUUGCACCAAGAGGGUGGUAAAAUUGGUGUCGCUGGUAUCUGUAAUGGUGGUGGUGGUGCCUCUUCUAUUGUAUUGUCAAAAUUGUAA